UCUUAUUAAAUUGCUCAUUCCAAAUUUUUUUCCCUAUGGUUUCAAAGAGUGAAAGAUUUAGUCUGCUCCAUGUCUGCAUUAUAAAAAUAAUGCUGUGCACUUCUUCUCUUCCACAGAGCUCUCCCACGUCUCUUCCCCUCUCCCCACCAUCACGACAGCGUCCCCACAUACCCACCUUUAACCCCAACUAAUGAUGACAUCCCCAGACUCUCCCCCUCUGGUCUCCCCUUCCCCAUGCCCUGCUCCCCCUCCAUCCCUCCCCUCCUCCCCCGUUCCCUCCUCCCCAGCCCCUUCUUCUUCCUCCCUCCCCGCUCCACCUUCACUUCCUCCCACAGGAGAGGUGAUGGUGCUGGCUCUGGGCAGGAAGAAGCAGAGGGUGCUGAUCGCCCUCUCCAUCCUCCCCAACCUCUUCCUGGCCUUCCUUCUCUCUUCCGACCCCCUCAUCACCCUCUCCCCGCCCCACCACUGCCACCUGCCGGGGCCCUUACCAUCACCUGAGGUGCUGAACGCCUCCCUGCCCUGGGAGAAGGGGGAGAGGCCUUGGGACAGCGGAGGCUUGUCCCAGUGUAAGCAGUAUGUCAACGGCAGCCAGUCUGCAGUGGUGGACUGCGAGGCCGGCUGGGACUACAACGUGACGGAGGGGCUGAGGAACAACAUCGUUACUGAGUGGGAUCUGGUGUGUGGUCAGUACUGGCUGGUCCCAGUGGAGGAGGUGUGUUUCAUCCUGGGAGUCCUGACUGGCUGUCUGGGCCUGGGCUAUGCUGCUGACAGGCUCGGCAGGUCAAAGACUUUGCUCACCUCUCUGACCCUCUCCGUGGUGUUUGGUGUGCUGGUGUGUGUCUCUCCGUACCCCUCUAUCUUCAUCGUCAUGCGUUUCUGUUUGGCGGCGGCUAGUGCGGGAGUCUACCUCACUCUGUACAUCACUCGUCUGGAGCUGUGUGAACCGUCUCUGAGGCUGGUGGUGACCAUGCUGGCCGGGCUGAUGACUGUAGCUGGAGAGCUCCUGCUGCUCGCCAUCGCCUUGGGCUGCCAGUCGUGGAGGGGCUUGCUGGGAGCUGGCGCUGCACCGCUAACACUCUUUCUCAGUUACGGCAUUCCUGGGGUGUUUCCAGAGUCUCCUCGCUGGCUGCUUCUGUCAGAGAGAUCUGCGGACAUGAACUCUUUUACUGAGAGAAGAAACUCCAACAGAGAUGUGAGAGACGACGAGAGCUUCACAGAGCUGGACUCAGAGCCAGCCCCCUCUUCACGCCCCCACCUGUCCUUCCCUGAGCUCUUCCACAGCAGGAACAUCUGGAAGAACAUGUGUGUGCUCGGCUUCACCUCAUUCAUCUCUCACGGCAUCAGUCACUGCUACAGCUCUUUCCGAGGUGAUGUCAGAGGCACGGCCCCCAGCUUCUACUGGACGUACCUGCUGUUAGUGUGCACGGGGGGCGGUGCCUGGCUGUUGCUCUGGGCGACCGUAGACAGGUGCGGCCGCCGUGGCAUCCUGCUCCUCUCCAUGACGAUGACGGGACUGGCCUCUUUGAUCCUCCUGGGACUCAUGGAGUAUCUCAGUGAGACGGCCAUCACAGUUUUCUCAGUGCUGGGUCUCUUCUCCUCCCAGGCCACCGCCUCCCUCUGCAUCCUCUUCACUGCAGAGAUCAUGCCCACCAUCAUCAGGGGCAGUGGUGUGGGCGCAGUGCUGGCCCUGGGCUGCGUGGGCCGCCUCAGCUCCCCGCUCAUGGACCUGAGGAACCACUACGGUUACUUCCUGCACCACGUGGUCUACUCCUCUCUGGCCCUGCUGGCCGUGCUGUCAAUCCUGCUGCUGCCCGAGAGCAAGAGGAAGCCGCUGCCCCAGACGCUGGCCGACGGGGAGCAGUACAGGCGCCCCCCGCUGGGCAGGAGGAGGCGGGACAAUGUGCCGUUGCUAGCCACGCCCAACCCAGAGACCUAAAAGUCCCCUGAGAGAGUCGGAUGGACUGUGCUCAAAUCACUUUGCAGCCAGAACAUUUACAUCCAUCAUGUUCAUGCAGGGAGGAGAGAGACGCAGCAAUAUGGAGACAAGGGCUGCACGGAUGAUUGUGGACAGAAAAUGAUGGACGGUGAAAAACGUGGCCAGACACUCGAAGCUUCAUAACAUAUCAUCCUCUAGUCAUUCCAAACGCAGGCGGUUGGGUCGAGCUAUCAUUUUUCUCCACCAUCCUCUACUUCCUGCCAUUCAGUUGUGUGUAGAUGUGGCACACAACGCUCACAGACACGCCUUCAUCUCCAUCUCCUCCUGACCAGACGGCAGGCGAUCCCCCGCCAUGUAACACACCAGCAUACACUGCUGCACGCCGUCCGCCCGUGCGUCUGUCGUAGAGAUGUUAGCUGCUUAGUACUGACACUCCAGACGAGACGUGGCUCAGAGAGUAGUUGCAAAUUAUUCCUAGCAUUUGUCUAACCUGCAUAGAGCAGUUUUUUGUCGUGUUUGCUGUGUACGACAACACUAGAAGUGCUCCAAGGUGUGCAAAAAGUCAGCUUUGAAUACCUUUCUGUGACACUCGUGAUGAAACUCCCACUCCAAACAGGGAAGGACCACAGCGCUCGAUCACACGUGAGACUCAAUGGAGUGUGGGUGCCUUGUAAAUACACUAGACUUAGUUUCUUUAACUUUUUUUGGGGCAUCUGAGUUUUGCUAAAGCAGACCCUGUGGCUGGAAACUGUACGGUACAGUUACGCUAUGCAGUGGAGAAGCGGUGCAGAGCACUUUGAAUCAUUCUUUUUAAAGAUGAUGGUUAACUUGACCAAAAUCCUCAAAUUUAACGGAGAGUUUUAUGAGCCUAAAUUAUAAACAACAGAAUCAGAGGAUAAAACAAAACAUAAAAAAAGGCCUUCAAACAGAAAUGUGUUCAAACUGUUUAAAUCCAGUGACUGAAUCUGGCCUGGAGCCAGCACUAUUUAUGUCUUAUUUAUGUCGUUAUUAAGCAUAAUCAGUUAAUUAUCCAGAGGCCUAGAAUUUUUUAAGCUAAAUUGAGGUGACUCUGGAAUAACAGUGAAGCUGUAAACUGUCACAACAUUCCUAUCUGCAUGUUUGGAAGCACUGAAGGGCUUGUUUUUUCUGUAUUUCCUCAGAAGCUUAUAGUUACUCAAUACCUCUCUAGAUGACCAGUCUCAGCUGUAAGAGAAUAGACGGGUACGAACAAACUACAGUAGAAUUUUAAACAGUGACUUGUAUAACCAGGCACAUAUAUUUUUUGUCUACACUUACAUGUGAAAGUUUUGAAAGAGGUCAUCUUGUACUUUGCCUGAAUGUUUAUCGAUGCUGGAGAAAAGGGCCCGGUGAUUAUGCUCCAUGAGGUUGGAACGGGAGCUGAAGAGGGCCCCAGAGCUCCAAAUUAACCCCCGACUUCCUCAACCACGCACCGAGGAUGUUUUUCUCUUCAUUGCUUCUUUAUUUUGAGCGUACUGGCUGAUGCCGUGUUGCAUAUGGUUAAAUCAUGAUGGAGAAUUAGCAAAGCAUGUUGUUUUCAGUGUAAAAAAAAAAAAAAAUCCCAGUGUAUUUUUGUGUGCUUGGGGAAUUACUCAAGUUUUCGUGGGUGCGUAAUAUUAAGAGGAAGUGGGAGGUGUUUAAUUUGGACUCUGACGUCGAGGAUUCACUAAAGAAUUUACGGACUCUCGCUUUUGUUGACAGGUUUUCCUCCGUCAGCCUUUGGAAGGUUUUUUCCUCUGUAUGUUGCACUCAACAAGUCCUAACACUUGUACACUGAUAAUUAUUAUCACUAUGAUUAACUUGACUCGAGUAGUAUUAUGUCUGACAACACUGAUGAUCUGUUCAAAUAUGAGUGUGAUGCAGUUAACUCUAUAGCCUGAUUUACUGUCAAAUAAAACUGGUUAAAUAAACAGGACAUGAGCAUUUUUUGAA